CUGACGGGCGCCGCUCUCAGUCUCAGCCCGCAGAGCAAACAGCAUGGACGGAUAAGUGUGUGGUGAACCUCUGCGACUCAGCUGCAGCAACACGGAAGCCAGACUUCAGCCAAAGCACCUGCCCGAUGGAUCCUGAGGUUUACCCAAAAGGGAUUUUUUCGAUGUCACUGUGACAGAAGCACAAGGAUCAUGCCGUCUCACCACAGGGGAAGGAGCCUCUCUGAGGCCUUCACCCUGGAACAAUCGGAAGAAGGGGGGCUGGUCAUUUCCAGUGUCACCAACAAUACCUCAGCCAACCAGGGUCUGAGGGAAGGGGAUGAAAUUUUGGGGGCAACAAUCAAUUUUGAUCAACUGUCAAAAGAGGAGGUGCUAAAAGUCCUGAAGCUGAUGGAGCCAUUUGAUGACAAGGUCCAGGUUCUCACCAAGAGCAACCUGAGCAAGAGCCUCGGAAAUCUCGACCAGUGUGCCAAGACUCCGGAGACGAUGCUGAAGGAUUCCUACAGCAAACUCUACAAUGCCAAAAUCAAGAAGUUUAUGAGGGAUGACUUGCUGGGUGCUGAGGAGGACUGUCAGCCAGCUGCAGAAGGCUCAUCCAAGGUCAGCCUAAAACAGGAUAUGGGGUUGCCUCGCCUUGGAGUUGACUUUGGACUUCUGAAAACCAAGACUCUGAGCACAGAUGUUAAUGCAGAUUCAGAAUCUGAUGAUGCAACACUUUCGGUUGGAACAGCUGGAGAAUUGACUGAUGGCAACAAUCUGAACCUUCCACCAAUGUGUGUCGGGUUGAGUGGGACUUCUCUAAGUGGAGCUCAGGUACCAAGACUGAAAACUAGAAGUCCACAGUUUAACGCUCCAGACUUCCAUCUGACCGGAACAUUACCAGAAGGUCCAAAUCUGAACACUACAGCUGGUAUACAACUACCAAACACUGACAGUACAUCGGUUGACUUGACAGUGCCAAACCUUGAAAGACCUCAUGUUGGACCGGAAAGCAAAGAAACUUUUAGAGCUCCAGAAAUAGGAGGCUCAGAUGUUAGUACCCCUGAAAUAGGAAUCAACCUUAAUGGGGAAAAGAUCACUGGUCCAUCCUUUAACAUUGGUGUUCCCAAGGUGGGCAUUGAAGGAACAAACAAAGAAUUCAAAAUGCCAAAAUUCAAACUUCCUGAUCUGGGCCUCUCUGGACCUUCUUUUAGUGGUCCAGAAUGUGAGAUCGAAACACCAGAUGUAGGAAGUACAGAUGUUCCUUCACAAAAACUUAAUCCCAAAUAUUCCAAGAAACUGAAAAAGCCAGAUCUAAAUGUGGAUGAUCUUUCCAGUUACGUAAAAUCACCCAUGCUUAAGCUGUCUGGGACGUCCCCUGACCUAGACCUAGAAAUGCCAGAUGUUAAUGUAUCACAUAUCAAUGUAAAUGGACCAGACAUUGACAUGCCUUCAGGUGAAGUCAAAGUGCCACUUAAGAAACCAAAGAUUGAUCUUAAAUCUCCAGAUUUAGAUUUGGAUGCUCCAGCUGGGAAACUCACUAUGCCCAAAUUUGGGUUCUCAGGCAAACAUGAAGCUGAUGUUAAAACACCUGACCUCAGUCUCAAAACACCAAAGAAGAAAGGUAGGAUUCAAGCUCCUGAUAUAAGUCUGCCCAAAGCUGGCCUAAAAGGUCCAUCUACAAAAUUCAAAGCUCCUACGUUUGCAAUGCCUAAAUUUGAUUUACCAGACAUUGAAGUUCCAGAUUUUAACGGAGACUUUGAGGGACCAGAUGUGCUGUUGGCUGCACCAGAUCUCAAAGCUGGAAUUGCAGGCCCUAAAGUUAAAGGCCCUGAGUAUGAGUUGAAAACUCCAGACAUGGAUGCAUCUGCUCCCAAGUUUAAAGGGGACAUCAAUUUGCCUAGUGUUGAUCUCAAAAACCCAAAGCUAGACCUCAAUACCCCUGAUAUGGACAUUAAUAUGCCUUCUGGUAAAUUGGACAUUGAUGCACAUGCUCCCUCUGGCAAGUUUAAAUUGCCAAAAUUUAAGCUCUUUGGCACAUUGCCAAAGAAUAAAGAUGUAGAUUUCAAUGCAGGGAUGAAAACACCUGAACUAAGUCUGAAAUCCCCAAAGAUAAAAGGCAUAGAUGCUCCUGACAUAAGUGUACCAAACAUGGAUCUCAAAACUCCAAAUUUAGACCUCCAUGCUCCAGAUGUAAACAUUGGUUCACCUAAAGGGAAAUUCAAAAUGCCAAAGCUAAAAAAACCCAGCUUAGACCUGUCAGGUCCCAAGGGAGCAAACAUUGACAUAGAUGCAUCUCUAAACAGACCGGACCUGCCAUCAGGUGAUCUUGAUGUAAAUUUGUCUACGCCAGAGUUGGACAUUGAUGCACCUUCAUUUGAUCUGAAAGGCACAAAAUCAGGGCUGAAAAUUCCAAAGCUGAAAGGGCUUGACUGUGACCUAAAGAGUCCAGACAUUGAUCUUUCAGCCCCCAAAUUUAAAGGGGCUUUUGGUUCCCCAGAUUUGAAUAUCCCUGAAAUGGACUUAAAUAAACCCAAAUUAGAUCUCUCUGGCCCAGAUGUUGACUUCGAUAUGCCCUCAGGUAAAUUCAAAGUACCGGCAAUGAAGAAACCAAAUGUUGACUUGAAUGCUCCUGACAUGGAUAUUGAAGCUCCCUCAGGCAAAUUUAAGAUGCCUAAAUUUAACACUUCUGGCACAUUGCCAAAAGGACCAAAUCUGGACAUAAACACAGAUCUAAAUUCACCAGAUCUAAGUCUUAAAUCUCCAAAGAUAGAGGGUGGAAUUGAUGGCCCUGACUUGGACUUACCAAACAUGGGCCUUAAAGCUCCCAGGUUAGACCUGAACUCUCCAGAUGUGAGCAUUGGUUCACCCAAAGCAAAAUUAAAAAUGCCAAAAUUAAAAAUGCCUAAAUUUAGUCUUUCAGGCCUAAAAGGACCUGAAAUUGAUGGCAACUUAAAUGGCCCAGAUGUAGAUAUAAAAGCACCCAAUGUCAACUUCAAAGGUCCUAAAACUGACUUAGAUGUUGAUAUUGCUGGUCCAUCAGGAAAAUUCAAAAAGCCAAACCUGGCCCUGCCUGAUCUGGGACUCUCUGGUCCAAAGUUAGAGGGCCCUAACUUGGACCUUAAAUCACCUGACCUAGAUAUAUCUGGUCCUGAUCUCAGUGGUGGAAUAAAUGCACCAGACAUAAAUAUGCCCAAGGCUGGCCUAAAGAGUCCCAAACUGGACCUCAAUACCCCAAAGGUCAACCUGGACAUGCCAUCAGGCAAACUGAAAAUGCCAGAGCUUCAUGCUCCAGACUGGGAUGUCAAUGCUCCCUCAGGCAAAUUGAAAUUGCCGAAAUUUAAUCUUUCAGGCACAUUGCCAAAGGGACCAAAUGUGGAUAUAAACACAGAUCUGAAUUCACCAAAUCUGAGUCUGAAAGCUCCAAAGAUAAAAGGUGGAAUUGAUGGCCCUGAUUUGGACUUACCAGAUAUGGAUGUUAAAGCUCCAAAGUUAGACAUGAACACUCCAGAUGUCAACAUUGGUUCACCCAAAACAAAACUGAAAAUGCCCAAAUUCAAAAUGCCUAAAUUUAGCUUCCCACACCUAAAAGGACCUGAAAUUGAUGGCAACUUAAAUGGCCCAGAUUUAGAUAUAAAAGCACCCAAUGUCAACCUCAAAGGUCCUAAAACUGACUUAGAUGUUGAUAUUGCUGGUCCAUCAGGAAAAUUCAAAAAGCCAAACCUGGCCCUGCCUGAUCUGGGACUCUCUGGUCCAAAGUUAGAGGGCCCUAACUUGGACUUUAAAUCACCUGACUUAGAUAUAUCUGGUCCUGAUCUCAGUGGUGGAAUAAGUGCACCAGACAUAAAUAUGCCCAAGGCUGGCCUAAAGAGUCCCAAACUGGACCUCAAUACCCCAAAAGUCAACCUGGACAUGCCAUCAGGCAAAUUGAAAAUGCCGGACCUUCAUGCUCCCGACUGGGAUGUCAAUGCUCCCUCAGGCAAAUUGAAAUUGCCGAAAUUUAAUCUUUCAGGUACUUUGCCAAAGGGACCAAAUAUGGACAUAAACACAGAUCUGAAUUCACCAGAUUUGAAUUUGAAAGCUCCAAAGAUAAAGGGUGGAAUUGAUGGCCCUGAAUUGGACUUACCAGAUAUGGACCUCAAAACUCCCAAGUUAGAUGUUAACACUCCAGAUGUCAACAUUGGUUCACCCAAAGCAAAAUUUAAAAUGCCCAAACUCAAAAUGCCUAAAUUUAGUCUACCAGGCGUAAAAGGACCUGAAAUUGAUGGACACUUCAAUCACCCAGAUGUCAAUGUGAAUGUACCCAAUGUCAAUCUCAAAGGUCCUAAACCUGACUUAGAUGUUGAUAUUGCUGGUCCCUCUGGAAAAUUCAAAAAGCCAAACCUGACCCUGCCUGAUUUGGGGCUGUCUGGUCCAAAGUUAGAUGGCCCUAACUUGGACCUUAAAUCACCUGACCUAGACAUAUCUGGUCCUGACCUCAGUGGUGGAAUAAAUGCACCAGACAUAAAUAUGCCCAAGGUUGAUCUCAAAAGCCCCAAGCUGGACAUCAGUUCUCCAAAGCUCAACCUAGACAUGCCAUCAGGCAAACUGAAAAUGCCUAAAUUUAAUCUUUCAGGCACGUUGCCAAAGGGACCAAAUUUGGAUGUUAACACAGACCUAAAAUCACCAAAUCUGAGUCUCAAAGCUCCAAAGAUAAAAGGUGGAAUUGAUGGCCCUGAUUUGGACUUACCAGAUAUGGAUGUUAAAGCUCCAAAGUUAGAUAUGAACACUCCAGAUGUCAACAUUGGUUCACCCAAAACAAAACUGAAAAUGCCCAAAUUCAAAAUGCCUAAAUUUAGCUUCCCACACCUAAAAGGACCUGAAAUUGAUGGCAACUUAAAUGGCCCAGAUGUAGAUAUAAAAGCACCCAAUGUCAACCUCAAAGGUCCUAAAACUGACUUAGAUGUUGAUAUUGCUGGUCCAUCAGGAAAAUUCAAAAAGCCAAACCUGGCCCUGCCUGAUCUGGGACUCUCUGGUCCAAAGUUAGAGGGCCCUAACUUGGACAUUAAAUCACCUGACCUAGAUAUAUCUGGUCCUGAUCUCAGUGGUGGAAUAAGUGCACCAGACAUAAAUAUGCCCAAGGCUGGCCUAAAGAGUCCCAAACUGGACCUCAAUACCCCAAAAGUCAACCUGGACAUCCCAUCAGGCAAACUGAAAAUGCCGGACCUUCAUGCUCCUGACUGGGAUGUCAAUGCUCCCUCAGGCAAAUUGAAAUUGCCGAAAUUUAAUCUUUCAGGUACUUUGCCAAAGGGACCAAAUAUGGACAUAAACACAGAUCUGAAUUCACCAGAUUUGAGUCUGAAAGCUCCAAAGAUAAAGGGUGGAAUUGAUGGCCCUGAUUUGGACUUACCAGAUAUGGACCUCAAAACUCCCAAGUUAGAUGUUAACACUCCAGAUGUCAACAUUGGUUCACCAAAAGCGAAAUUUAACAUGCCUAAACUGAAAAUGCCUAAAUUGAGUCUACCAGGCGUAAAAGGACCUGAGAUUGAUGGACACUUCGAUGGCCCAGACAUUGACAUCAGUGCACCCAAUGUGAACCUCAAAGGGUCCAAAACUGGUUUUGAAAUGCCAGAUGUUGGUUUUGGCAGCCCAUCUGGAAAAAUUAAAAAGCCACAUUUGAAAAUGCCUGAUGUGGGAUUUUCUGGUCCAAAGCUAGAUGACACAAACUUUGAUUUCAAGUCACCAGAUCUUGAUGCCAAGCUACCGAAGGGACCAAAUUUGAACAUAAACUCAGACCUAAAAACUCCAGAUUUGAAUCUCAAAGCUCCAAAGAUGAAAGGUGGAAUCAAUGCCCCAAAGCUGGGCUUACCAAAUGCUGACCUUAAAAGUCCAAAGUUAGAUGUGAAUGCUCCAGAUGUCAACAUCAGUUUACCUGAUGCAAAGUUCAAAAAGCCCAAAAUCAAGAUGCCAAAAGCCCCCAAUGUUGACAUAAAUGGAGACCUACAGGGACCUGACCUGAAUAUGCCAAAUGUAGAUGUUAAUGGUCCAAAAGGAAAAUUAAAAAUGCCAAGUUUAAAUAAACCAGGCCUCAGUCUCUCUGGACCUAAUGCAAAAUUACCAGACAUGAAUCUUUCAGUACCUAAAUUGAAAGGCCCUGAUAUAAGUACGCCAGAUGUAAACUUGCCUGAUGCCAGUUUCAAAGGUCCCAAGCUAGGACUCAAUGCAAAACAGCCUGAUCUAGGAAUAAAUGGUGACAUAGGCCAACCUGACAUGAACUUCUCUGCCCCUCAAGUCAAAGGAGGAAUAAGAGGUCCAGACUUUGACAUGAAUGUUCCCUCUGGAAACAUCCAGGGUCCUCAGACUGAUCUUGAUUUGGCAGACAGAAAAUUAAAACUCCCGUCUUUCAAGCUGCCUCAGUUUGGAAGCCCAGAUCUUAAUCGAGCAGGGUCUGAUAUUGACUUUGGUGCAUCUCUGAGACCAACAGAUUUGGAUAUUUCUCCUCCGAAUGCAAAACUAAAUGUAAAACCACCAGAGUUGAAGGGAAAUAUCAGAGGUCCAGAGGUUAGUGCUCCAAAAAUGAAUCUCAGCAUGCAGAAUCCACAGCUGCAUCUUAAAUCUCCAGAUCUUAACCUUGAUGAUCCUUCGCUAAAUUUCAAAGGACCUUCUUAUAAGAAUCGCAGAUCAGAUGUGACAGGUGUGAACAUGAAAAUGCCAGUCUUGGAUGGAGAUGUCAAACUUCGCCACGCGGAUAGAAAGUCACAUAGGACCAAAGUAAGGUCCAGCUUCCCUGUAGUGGAUGCUGACCAUAUUGAUUUCAACCGUUCAGAUCUCAACAUUGAUGAUUUCACAGGAAGGGAUCAUGUACUUAGAGCCAGAGGUUCAAAACUGGAUCUCCAGGCAUCACAUAAUGAUGGACAGGUGAUCUCCCCAUCAGGUGUUAAUAUUGACAUGAGGGACCCUAGACACAGCAGAAAAGUCCCAGCUGGUGAUGCAUAUUCAAAGCACCAGAGAACAAUGCAGCCUAUACCUAAUGCACAAUUGCCACAUUUUUCAGAAGAUUCAAAGAUAAGAGUACCUGAUAGUUCAGAUGGAUACUACGUCACUGUUUUUCCCACUCAAACACAAAACAAAAAAAUGCCAAACCGCAAAUAUAACACACUUGGGGGGCUUGAUUUCCAUCCAGGUAACAUGGACCUGGAAGUUCCAAGUGAAAAUGACCUGAAAGGGUCAACAUUCUUUUUCUCCAACCUUGUGUAGGUUGGUAUCACUCAUGCUUCCACAAGCAGUAUCAUCUGUUUCUUUUUGCAUUAUUUACUGUGACAGUAAAAGUUGUUGUAUAUUGUAUGAUUUAUGAUUUUUAUGAAAUGCGUCACUUUCUUUUUGUGGGGGUGGGGGCUGGGGGUAAAGCUGCUACUGUAGCUUUGUAAUGAUGCAAAAUGCAUUACAAUGCAGAAUUUUUGCACUUGUUUCAUAUGUAAAUUCAUGUUUAUUCAACAUAUUUGUUUGAAAAGUUUUUUUUUUUUUUUUUUGUAUAUGAAAGUUAAACCUCCUGAUUUUGUUGUGACAGUAAAGGAUCAAAAUUUUCUUUUUGCUACUGAUGUCGAAACUCAAGGAGGGAAUUUACAGAAUUUAGGGACCUGUUGGGUACAAUUACAAGAUUUAAAGAAGUUGUUUUGUUAUAUAUUCAGCUGAAUGUUAAAAUAUUUUAUAUCCAUAUUUUUCUACUAUAUUGUGCAUCUGUGUACCCACUAUAUUUUAUCUUCAUUAAGAAUGUAUAUAGUUGUGUUUAUUAAAGUGUCAUCUCUA